AUGUCCCAGAUCACUAAGCUUCGUGAGGUCCUUAACAAGGCUGGUGAUGGUAGCUACAAGCUCUCCGUCAAUGACUUUAUUAUCAAGGCUUCCGCUCUCAGCUUGAAGCAAGUGCCUGAAGUCAACGCUGCAUGGCAAGGCGACAUUAUCAGACAAUACAACAAUGCCGAUAUUUCUAUUGCUGUUGCCACCCCUACCGGUUCGCUUACUCCCAUUGUUACCGGUGUUGAGGGCCGUGGAUUGUCUGAUAUUUCCAACACUGUCAAGGAUAUGGCUGCUCGUGCACGCAACGGCAAGCUUGCUCCUCAUGAAUACCAAGGUGGCAGCUUUAGCAUUUCCAACCUUGGUAUGUACGGCGUGAAGCACUUUACUGCCAUCAUCAACCCUCCUAUGGCAUGCAACCUCGCUAUUGGUGCUACCACUCAAAAGGUGGUUCCUGAUGCUACCAAGGAAAAGGGUCUUGCUGUUCGCAAUGUUAUGGAAGUCUCUCUUUCCAGUGACCACCGUGUCGUUGAUGGCGCUGUUGCAGCAACCUGGUUGAAGGCUUUCAAGGGCUUCAUGGAGAACCCUCUCAAGAUGCUCCUCUAA